AUGGACGGGCCCUUGGCACCUUUAGACUCUUUCGCCCCGCCGGGGCUUCCGGGGCUUGCGGCUGUACAGACGCCCCGGCGAGCGCACGACCGGCACCCAAACCUCUGCGACCUCUCGGAAGAGGGGAAGGCAGAGCAUCGGCGAAGCCUCGAACUCCUUGGGCCGUCCUUAAACCCUGAGAAGCUCUUUGCCCUGGGUGACGAGGAGGUUCGGGAGCGCUGGCAGGUGGGCUACAAUCCGGUGCAGGAGUUCAUCACUCUUCUGAGUGACUCUGAAGCUUCCACGCCCCGGGCCAUGGACCUUCCGGAAGAGAGGCCCGAAACCACGAUGGAUCUCCAAAAGGAGUGGCAAGACUCCGGAUUCGAACGACCCAGGCCGCGCGCGCAGCCCGCGGUUAGGAAGGCGAAGGCUUUGACGGCGGCAGACUACUGCCGUGUCAUCCGGCCGCCACUUCCUGUGCCCGCUGCUUCCGCACUUGCGGGCACCUGGCUGGACAGUGACUUGGCAGCAGGGCUGGAGGCCCUGGAGCCCGCGUAG